AGCUCUACUUGGAACCUUGUUUUAAAAUUUGUUUGUUUGUUUCUUUUUUUUCUUUUCUUUGUUUCCCAAGUGGUCUUACACUUUUGAUCGGGACUGUAUUUGGUUCUUACCAUAAUUAGAAGGUAACACAAAGUAAAACUUAAGGCCUUAGUAGUAGUAUUUGCAGUUUGUUAAACUAAACUACUUGUGAGAUGGGCACAGUGGCAUGGGAAAGUUUCUAUGAAUACAUAACCUAUAAAAGAUGACUUCAUGGAAUAACCUUUGUCUUUUACGAUCUCAAAAUAAAAAAUGUUAAGGUUUGGUCGCCCUACACUUGAACUGGCAAGUCUCAUACAGCUUGAAAAGAGUUUUUGUAAAUCAGCUAAGAAGCUCUCUGUUUGGGCAAAAAUCCAUUAAAAACAAUCUUCAUGGAAAAGACUUCAAGUUAUGUGAAACCUUCAGGCUAUCUUAGAUGCACUCCUCUUUAGAGGCCUGUCUAUAUACUUCUGAUAAUAUUUAGGUCAGGGGACUGUGGGGGCCAUGACAAAACUUUAAGCCACUUGUGAUGCGUUUAAGAUCAUUAUCCCGCUUUAUAAAACAUACUGUUGUGAUGUUUGCUUCCAUAGUUAGCUGGUAUUUAACCGAAUACAUUCUUCCAACUACCAGUAAAACAUUGUCUGUACUACUAGCUGCAACACAAGCUUAAACUAUAAUCGAUUGUAAGCUCACUCUUAAAAGUUGAAGUGUUCUUAUUUCAGCCACUAAAUUUUGUUUUCAUUUCAUCAGUGCACAGGAAUUACUUCCUGUAUGCAUCAGUCUUGUGUAAAUGUUCAUUUCCACCCUUUAAUGCUUAAUUUUGCAGUGAGAUGCCUUCUACUUAAUGGGUAUACACGACAUUAUAUAUAAUAUAAAGUCAUGUAUAAUAUUGUAUUUAUAAAGCUUUGAAAUGUUCAUGCAUUUGCCUUUCCUUGUGUAAAUUCAUUUCUUAAUGUCUCACAGUUUAUUAAGAGUUACCCACAGGGUACUUUUUCCAUUCAUUUUUCAUUCAAAAAUUCUGUGAGAAUUUUUUCUUCUUGCUUUGUACCUUUUGGAGAUCACUUCAUGUUAUGCUUAGAAAUUUUGAGCAAACGUUUGCAUUUUACUGUUAAUACACUAAAGGAUUUACUGAAGGACUAAACACCUGUAUCCAUGUUUUGUUCGCAGUCCGACCCACUGCCAUUAUCUUUCCCUGACAAGUUACUAUUUGACAUGCAUAGCCACAACUGCAACCUGGUGAGUGAGCCAGUCAGUAGGGAAAUGGUGUGUGUGCAUGUGACAUGGACAUUAACUUUUAUUUUUCUUGUAUUAAAGGUCUAGGGAGUAAUGGAUAUGACAGAAACAACCACAUUAUACUGCUAACACAACUGGCUCUUUGCAAGCAUGUGCACAAACAGCAUGCUAACGCAAAGCUAGUGAAGAACGCGAGUAAUGAUAACUGAGUGGAUGCCAUCCCUAGCCUAGCAGUCAGAAUCUAAACUUCCACAGGCUUGUAGCAUUGUAGCCUCCGUUUCUAACUGUGUGUGUCAGUUUUGCUUUGUGUCGUUGGCUUUUCAAACAAACGCUAAAAUAAAAAUCGAUUGUACGUCCUUCAAAGGAUAGGGACUUCUGUCGGUGUGUCUGACUGAAGCAUAAGGUUUAUAUUCUGAGAUGGUCAUAAACAAGACAGUAAUGUUUAACUGUGUAACUGAUUACUUUCUCUGGGGAGUAAUGAAGUAAAAUGCUGCAUUACCUUUAGGAAAGUUAAUGUAUAAUAUGUUAAUUUUUGGUCUGGAAUAAAAUAUCGAUACGAUAUAUAUAUAUAUUUCCUGUCACAUGUUGGGUAGGUAGAAGGGAGAGCAGGUCAACUGUUAAUUGGAAGGUUGGUGGUUUGAUCCCUGGCUGCUUCAGUUCAGGCCAAGAUACCAACCCUAAGUUGCUUUCCAAUGCAUCAGUUGGUAUAUAAAUGUGUUUAAAUGUUAGAUAGAAAGCACUUCUCCAGAGAACAAGUGCUUGUAUGAAUGGGUGUGAAUGAGGCAUGUUGUUAUAUAAAGUGCUGUAUAAGUAUCAGCCCAUUUAGAUGUUUUUGUAAACUUUUCCAGAGUUAUAAUGACUCCUCCAAGUCACUGAGGUUAACUAACCUGCAGUGAAGAACACGAAACUCACAAAUGCAGGCUUAAGGGAAAGCUAUACUUCCUGUUCAUUGUAUUGUGAUACCAUGGAUCACAUGAGAUGUCUUCUGAUGAUUGCUAUCGUUACACUGAAAGCAUUUUGGUACAUGAUCCCACUAGCUUACAGGAAUUAAAAGCUCAAAUGAUGCCUUGGGUGUUUUGGAGAUUUCACCCGGGUACAACAGGCAACAUUUUUGAAUAAAACAUUUAAAAUAGCCAUGCUUUUGUUGACGCAGUCAGCAUUAGGAUCACACCUUUAUGAAAAUAUAUUGAAGCUUGCAUGUGUUUUGGCUCAGAAGAGCUCCUUUCCAAGGGCACACAGCAGGUGCUGGCAAAUUGACAUCUCACAGCAGAAGCACAGAGGAAAGAGAGCUGAUGGGAAGUUGUUGGCAGAAUGAAUAUAUCUUGUUGGCAUAUGGGACACAAGGCUGAUGUUUUGUCCCCUGUCUGACCGUGUUACACACCUCACUGGCGCUGGCAAAGAUCUGUGCCAAGUUUUUUCUUUUCUUCUCCAGAGGCAAACAAAAAAUGACCUAUUGUAUCCAGAUAAGAAAACUCAAAAUGUUUCAGUAGGGUAUAUGCUUUUUUUUAUUGUUUGGUCGAUAUUAGGCUAAUCAUUUACUUGAGCCAACAAGUUUGAGUCAGGUUUCACUUGGAGGGUUUAAGUUUGAUUACGGUGUUCACUGAUUGUAAACCUGCAUGUUUUUUGUCCUUCCCAUCUGCUGUUUAGCUCAUUGUGUUAUGGAGAGGACCACUGAUCAGUAUCUUGGAAUGGAUCAAGAUCAGUGUUGCUGUUAAGAUAAUGGAUCAUAAUCCAAUACUGGCACUUUGACUUCCUUUUUUAUCUUGACUUCCACUGAUAUGUUGUCUUGAGUUCCACUUCCUUUACUCUGUCUCAGUCCAUAAAUGAUAUCAUAGCGUAGGGUACGACGAAACAUUUCUUUACUGGGGAAAAUACGCUCCUGGAUUAAGGAAAUGCAAAUGACUUUGUUGUUUGAUUUAUACUCAUUUUACUUGAAAAAUAAAAAAAAAUGGCUUGGUCUAUCAAACCAUUAAAUACAGCUUUAUUACCAAGAUUUCGAUUGUACAGUUCAUCUUACUGACCUACAAUCAUUGGAUAAAGUGCUUUACAAUGGGCCAUCAUAGACUGUCAUAUAACUAAUCCCAAUACAGAAGGUGGUGUCUGCUAUAAAAAUUGUGACAUGAAUAUGAUUUGAAUAUACUGUAUUCAAUAGGAUUUUGAUUUAUUUAUUUAGCACUUUUUUGAAACACUUUACAAAAAAUCCGAUUUCUGAUCUAAAGUUGCACCGUUGCUUUGGUUUUUAAAUUAAUGAAGAAAAAGGACAUUGUAAUUUGAGAACAACUAGAUGAAAAGUUGUUUUGUUGACUUUGGGAUUGUUUGUAGGCUUAAAAAAAAUUCCAUGACAAAAUCAGCCAGCCACUACUUGACCCUCUAAAAUUGAUUAUUUUUGUACAAUAACUUCAUGUUAUGAAGCCAUGCAAAAUUUUGCCUUGAAAGUAAGAUUUUUUUUUAGUUUGUUUGAAUGGCAGGACCUUGAAGUACAGAUGUGGGUCAUUCUUAAAUUUGACAGCAUCUUUUAUUUUUUCCAGAAUUUGUGAACCCUCCUAACCUCGUAGCCGUGUUACAUUUUCAGGGCUGAAAAACAUUUCUUUCUUUUGAAAGAAAUCCAAUCUAAGCAGUUUUACUCCAAAUACCACAGUCUAAUGCCAGAAUCUUUUCCUCAGCAGAAUUAUUUAUCUAUAAUCCCUUUUACAUGUCAAAAUGAAAGGAUAUAUCAUCGUUUUUCUUGAAAAACUGCACCAGCUUAUCGUUGUGAAAUGGUGAAAAAAACACUGUUGCUCACUCUGCUGUUUCACAAUAUGAACUUUGCAUGAUUUGAUAGGUAUGCUAAAAUGAUUGUGCUAAGAAUCAGAUGAUUUUUGAGAAGGUCAGGUGGAAACUGUUUUCAGAUUUUGUUGACUUUAAAUGGAAUGACCCAGAAAUUCUCAGAUUAUAUAAAUCAGUGUUUGUGCCCAAGACGCACUAAAGAGCAUGGCAAAAAUUUCUAUUCAUAACUGCAGAAAAAACAUUAUAUGGAAUAAUUGGAAUUACAGUUUUGAUUGUCACUUUUAAGUGUAACACUUGCAAUUUUAUACUUUGCAAUAAGUUCCCCAGACAUGACUUUUCUUCACUCCUAUAUCAGAUACUUUCACUCAAUUCAAUAAGUGUUCCUGCCUCCUCCUGGUGAAAUUAUUCAUCAUGUAGCGUGUUGAAUUAAUAUUGAGCAUUUUAUAUUUUAACUACAAAUUUGUGUCAGUUGAUAGUGGCAGCAGCUAGAACUAGACUGCCGAGCUGACCAAAGCAAGCAAUUUGAAGAUGACUCACAGUUAACAGACUUCCAACAAAACGUUCCACAACAAUGAUUGAAAUCCCCACGACCGCUGCAGACUCAAGUGGUCGAUCCUUUUAUCCUCCUCCAUGCAUGGAAAGCAAUAUAUUCUCUUCUCCGUAAAGCUGUGCGUACAGUAUGGCCAUAGUGUGUGGGUGUGUAAUGGUGACUAAUCCAAUUUGCAGUCUUAUUCUGGAUCCCUAGUUGUCAGAGAGUCCUUAAUCUCUGUGGAGAGAGAGAUCCUCACAAACUAAUCUUAAGCUUGUGUCAGUCUGCUGAUCCUUGUGGUAAUAGUUUUUUUUUUUCUUUUCUUUCUAUGAAUGAAUGUAGGGAGUAAACACUGGACAACCGUCAGUCUCACUCAUCUGCAGUCUUUCAAAACUCAAUCUCAAGUGUUAAAAAAAAUAAUUGAACUGUGGCUUUGGGCUGCUGAACGUGACACGGUGAAGAACGGGACUCAUGGUGUUGACCUGGCACCGCUCAGCUAUCCCUGAUCCUCCUCCACCCAUUCACUUACUCCAGAGGCUUGGGUUGUUUGUUGCCGCGGGUUACACUUGUUGUUGAACGCAAUGUCGGAGCACAUGCAGCUGUCCCUUGCCUUGUGCAGGAUUGGGCUUUACACGUGUUUUCGGGCACUGUGCUGUAAAGGACCCCCACCGCCGAGACCAGAGUAUGAUGUGGUGUGCAUUGGCCUGACAGGUGCUGGAAAGACCAGCUUGCUCUCACGCCUCUGUAGUGAGAGCACUGAUGGCAUAGUUCCUACAACAGGUUUCAGCAUCAAAGCAGUACCGUUUCCAAAUGCCAUCUUGAAUGUAAAAGAACUUGGAGGAGCUGACAACAUCAAGAAGUAUUGGAGUCGUUACUACCAAGGAUCACAGGGUGUAGUCUUCGUACUGGAUAGCGCAUCAUCAGAUGAGGACCUGGAGGCGGCACGUAAUGAGCUCCACUCGGCUCUGCAACACCCACAGCUCUGCACACUACCUUUCCUCAUCCUUGCAAAUCAUCAGGACAAGCCUGCUGCAAGAACGCCGAACCAGAUCAAGAAGUACUUUGAGCUGGAACCGCUGGCCCGAGGUAAGCGCUGGAUCCUGGAGGGCAGCACCACUGACAGCAUGGAGGCGGUGAAGGAGAGCUUCGGUCAGUUCAUUAGCCUGUUGGAGGACAAAGACACAGAGCCGGCAAGGAUAUGAUGCUAAAGCUGCUAAUGCUAGGAGACAUUAGCGGUUAAACACCAACACAUCCUGCUGGUGCCCAUGUACAUGCGCACACAUGCACUCUCACACACAUGCGCGCGCGCACACACACACACACACA